AUGUUUGGUCCACCUCAAGUUGUUACCACUCUCGUGGAAAAGACGUGUUUUAUGUUUCUUAGUCGACUUCUUACAACCAUGUUGAAGGGAGUGUUGAUUAUCCUUACACUGGGCCUCGUGUAUUCAGUUAAAGACAUACAAGCAGGGUUUCUUACCGGGCAACAAUGUACCCACCGGGAUGUAAGGUUCUUUACGGGUUGUUUUGAUUCGUUUGGCUUCUAUAGUACGAGCAGCUUGACACCCAACGUGACCGCGCUUAUACCAUACUGCAGCGCUCCAGGUCGCGCAAAUGGCGACCACUGCGUGAAUGAGUUUCCAGAAACAUGCCCGUUGGCCUUCCUCGGAUCUGACGCUCCUACGUUCCGAAGACGACAGCAACUUACAUCUCGUGCCUUGGACUACAUGUGCUCUAACAUAGACGUGUUGGAGAACGACAUAGACUGUGUGGAGGGCCAAAUGACAGAACUGCGUCGCUGUGGCGAGCAAGGCCUUAUGCAACAUUCAACGCAAUUGGCUUCUAUAAAUCUCAACGUCACCAUGAAAAAGCUUCAAGACAUCAUGAAAAGCGCUGGUGAGAUAUCUGUAAGGUGUUUUGUUGAUACUCUGGGGAAUACGUGCUCAUCGGCCGUGACAGAAUUGAUUGGAAACUUUUUGUACGGGAUGCUGGUUUACCCAUACGAGAAUUAAUUAGAAACUUUUUGGCAGACGGCCAUUUAUUCCCUUAAUUGUCCAAGAUCUGUUUGCAAUAAACAUAUAAAGU